UAUACAUAUCAGUUGAUUUUCAGUUCAUUUGAUCAAAAAUUGAUAACGCUUACAGGCAAUUACAUCACACUAAAGUCUGUAUUUAAGACUCGAAAACUUCACCAAACCGAUAUAUUCACAAUGCUUUUUGCAUUUAUUGCUCUCAUCAUUAUCCAGCUCACAAAUGCAUCUUUACCCCCAAUUUGCGUCGAUGGGUAUACUCUGGUCAAUGGAAAAUGUUUGAGGCUGUUCCAUGAAGAAACUUAUCAUACUCGUGCUGAACAAACCUGCAGGAUAUUUGAGGGAACACUGUUCGAUGUGAAGAAUGCAAUUGACAAUAGAGCUAUAGCUUCAUUCAUCGGCAGCCAAGUGGAAACUGUUUGGAUGGGACUGUUCUGUUUCAACAACAAUCUCUGCUUGUGGGAUGAUAACUCGGGCUCCACGGCAGCGUACGACAACUUUUCGCCAGGCAACCCAAAAGUUACCACUGGCAGCUGUGUCUAUUUUGAAACUUCGAGCGGGAGGUGGCUCAGUGCACCGUGUACGGAGCCAAGAUCAUACGUGUGUGAAACUCCGUCAACUCAUGAGGAUCCCUGCUACUACAACUACAACAACUAUUGCUACACCUUCUCCCAUAACCAGUCAUCCUUCACAACCGCUCAGGCAAUCUGCGAGGAGGAAUGCGGAAACCUAGUCUCAAUCCACUCAGCUAACGAGAACCGUUAUCUCAUGAACAUAGCCAGCCAUAGAGCUUCCGAUAACGUUCUUAUUGGAGGCAUGUGGCCUAUGGAUCACAUGAACACCUGGGUGGAUGGAACUAUGUGGGACUACAGUAAUAUCGACUCAGUUUAUAAUCCGAAGAAUCGGUGUAUUGCCAUGGCGAAUAAUGGAACAUCGGAAUAUAAUUUGGGACAAUGGUUCGGUGUUGAUUGCGAAGGUCUGUCCAGCUUCUUCUGUAAGCGGCCUGCCGGGGUGCCAUGCUCCACAGACCAGCCGAAGGUCACAGUGACACCUGUCCCAUCAAAUGAGUCAUUCUGCAACUCUACUGUCCUGAUGACCCCCGGAAUUAUAACAUCACCAAAUUACCCACAAAACUAUGACAAUAACGUGUACUGCAGCUACAAGCUCUCCACCUUGGGAUCCUACAACAUCCUCCUUGAAUUUACAUCCUUCUCAACAGAGGAGAAUGUCGAUCUGGUUACGGUAUACGACGGGGAAUCAACAAAUGGGCUGAAAAUUGGAACUUAUAGUGGAUCUCGUGAGCCAUUCCACUUGAUUUCAAAAGGAAAUAACUUCUUCGUCACGUUCGCAACAGAUUCGAGGAAUGUCUUCAAAGGAUUCAGUGCCACUUUUGUGGCGUAUUCUACUUAAAUUCUAAUGAAUUUUAAAUAAAAGUUUCAUUAAUAAAAUAUAUGAAAAAAACGCUUAA